AUGUCUUCCCACAAGUUCAUAGUAGCUCCUCCAAGGAUUGAAGACAGAGAGGUCGUGAAGCCGCUACUAUGUGGACCAGGACCUUGUGACUACUGGCCUUCCGUGGAGAAGGCACUCAGCAAGCCUGUUCUUUCUCCGAUCUGCGAGGAAUUGUUCAAAGUCCUAGAAGACAUUCGUGUUGGCUUGCAGUAUGCGUUUCAAACUCGUAGCAAGCUAGUGAUGGCCACGAGUGGGUCUGGCCACUCCGGCAUGGAAGCCAUUAUCAGCAACCUAGUGGGACCUGGCGAAACAUUGCUUAUCGCUUCCAGGGGCAUAUGGGAUCAACGCGCACUCAUGAUAGCCACUAGAUACGGCAUAAAAACCAAAGUGGUGAGUAUCCCAAUGGACACUACCUUCAGUCUUGCACAACUGGAGCCUGAACUGAAGAGGAUACGUCCAGCUGGCCUCUUCAUAACUCAUGGGGACUCCUCAACUGGAACACUACAGAAUCUUGAGGGCUUAGGCGACCUUUGUCACAAAUAUGGAACUCUACUCCUGGUCGACACCGUAGUCUCGCUCGGAGGAGUUCCAUUCUUCAUGGACGAGUGGGGAGUCGAUGGCGUAUACACUUCCACGCAGAAGGUGUUCAGCGGACCUGCUGGCAUCUCUCCUGUAGCAUUCAGUGCUCGUGCUGAACAAAAACUGAACAGCAGAAAGCACAAUCCUCCUUUCUACCUGGACGCCAAGCAGUUAGCUCUUCAAUGGAGCUGUGAUGGAGUCACAAGAACAUACCACCACACGCUAAGUUCACCAUUGUUGUGGGCCCUCCGAGCAUGUCUCCAAGAGCUGGUAAGAGAAACCCUACCAGUAUCCUGGGCUCGUCACGCCGCCAGUACUGCACACUUCCACAAACGUCUCCGGGAGUACUCCUUUGAAUUCCUCAUCCCGAAGCCAGAAGACCGCCUGGCAACUGUCACAACUGUGAAGCUGCCGAAAGGAUACGACUAUCGAGGAUUUGUGAAAUAUAUGAGGGAGAACCAUAAGAUCCUUAUCUUCGCUGGACUAGGACCGACAGUAGACAAGGCACUUCGCAUUGGCAUCAUGGGCGUCAACUCCACAACGAAAGUCGCUGAUGCAGUAGCUGACGCCAUGGCUGAUACCCUUCGAGCUCUCAAGAAAUCUUCUCUUUAA